UCGGCUGUGUGAAACCGUCGGCCCACGAGCCGCACUUCUCCCUUGUCUGUUGAGACAAAGAGAAGUACCUUUGGAGGCUGCGCUUGAUUGAAGAAGGAGGUCCUUGGAGUGUAUUUAUCUGUGUGUGUGUGUGUGUGUAAUCUCAAUCACCCAACCCCUCUAUCCUCUGUCCUGCUCAAUCUGUUGUCCCUGCCUUCUUUCUCUCUACCUGUAUUUCACGCUCUCGGCCUUGUGGAAGUUCCUGGGCCAACAUUGAAAAAAACAAACAAGAAAACAUUUGAAAAGAGAUAUCAUUGAAAAAAAAACAUUUGCAGAAGAACAUUUGCAGAAGAUUUGACUUUGACAGACAAAUACCCGCUGUGACACAGCAUUGUGUGACAGGACUGUAUUGUGAAUAUUGACCUUUGAAAAAGAAAGACACCCUGUAACACAGCAUUGUGUGACAGGAUCACAUUGUGUGACAUUGAACUUUGUAACUUGCAUCUCUUUGGUGUUACCAGUGACAAUGCCUAGAAAAGGAAAGAGAUCUGCAGCUUUAAAACAGCGCUGGCAGAAGUUUGGUGAGUCUCAACAAUCUGUACCUGCUGAACAGUUGGUGAGUUCUCCUCCUCACAGCAACAGAGAGGUAAAUGUUCCUCAACCAUCUCAUGCUAAUGUUACACGUUUGUUAGCAUCCCCGCAGUCAGAUGCAUAAAAAAUAUGCUGAUUCCAAAAACAGUCAGUGCACCUGUGACUCUGCCACAUUUCUAGCUUUCCUGCACGAGUUGAAAAACCUUCAAAGCGCAGACCUUGAUCUUGUUUUAGAUCGAGGCCAUGCAAUGUAUGCGCUUACUCUGAGGCAGCUGAUUGCUGACGGACGCCAUGUUCACACACACUUGAACACAGAAGAAAUUCCUGAGGUAGUUCUUGGCUACAGACAGCAACAUGUAAUGGAAACAUGUGAUCCAAAGUUUGGCCUGUUCACAGCUCCUCCUUGCAAUGACCAUGAUGGUGACAAACUGAAAUUUGCAGCAAGACUGCAAUGCUUGUCAUCAGAGGUGAGCUACGCUUUGUUGAUUCUGAACUCCCUGUGCAUCGCUGUAUUCCGAGACCAACAAGGCAGGUAUGGCUUUUUUGACCCACACUCUAGACGACCCGAUGGCUCACCCUUUGGCCCAUUUGACACCUACCAAGCUCGUUUUGGCAAAGCUGUCAUGUUCAUUUACACAGGUUUGACUGAUCUGAUAACAAAGAUUGUCACAUUUUUCGAAAAGUCAGGAACCAACCCGAAGGCUCAGUAUGAGCUAUUGCCUGUGAUUUUUCACAAUGUAGAUGAACUUUCUGUGGAUGAAAACUUGGCACAUGCAGAUUCUAAUGCAGAUGUUAUCACAGACCUUAACCCUAUGUCCAGUGUUACGCAGGCUGAAAGUGAAACAUCUGUACCGUCAUGCUCAGUGACACAGAGCACAGUCUGUGUUGACAGUACACCAGAUGUAAAUGAACUAAUGCAUGUUACCACCAGCAAAGGUGCAGUGGAAUAUCCUACGUCAGACACAACAAAACAUAACAAUGAACAUGUGCCAGAUUUGUCAAAAUAUUCCAGACAAGAAAAGAGAUGGCUUAAAAAAAGAGCUUUGGCUAUGGGAAAGAAAAAAGUUACACAGACUGAAACUGCAACAUAUUUACCAUCAUGCUCAGUUACAGUAGGCUCUGAUGCGGACAUCACUGUUUCACAUAUGAGAGAACAAGACCGUGAGACUAUGUCCAGUAUUACACAGGCUGAAGCUGAAACAUCUUUGCCAUCAUGCUCAGUUACAGAGUGUACACCCUGUGGUGUCUAAGGUACAGUGGCCUAUCCUACAUUGGACACACCACAACAUCACAGUCAACAUAUGCCAGACCUAUCAAAACUUACCAAACAGCAAAGAUUAAAGUUUAAGAAAAGGCUUAUGGCUAUGGAAAAGAAAAUAGCGUCACAGGUUGAAAAAAAUAGAAGAAUAGAAAUUCAAAAAAUGGAGAAAAACAGGAAAGAGAGGGAAAAGCAUACUAAAGAUCAAUUCUGUACCAAACAGAAAAAAUCACGUCAAUGUUACAGGCAAAAUGUUGAGUGCAGAAAAACAAAGAUGUCCUACAUAACCACUCGCUAUAAACAAGACUCUAGUUUCCAGCAGAGGCAGAAGCUUUACAUAAGAAAUCGUUACAGUAAAGACAUUGGCUUUAAGCAGAAGCAGAGGACAUAUAUAAACAAGCGUUACAGUCAAGAUAUUGGCUUUCAGCAGAAGCAGAGGACAUAUAGAACCAAGCGUUACAGUCAAGAUCCUGGCUUUCAGCAGAAGCAGAGGACAUAUGUAACCAAACGUUACAGUCAAGAUAUUGGCUUUCAGCAGAGGAAAAGGUCAAAAUUAAACUAUUGUUAUCAAUCAAAUGCCCAUUUCAGACAAACUCGAAAGUCUUACAUGACCAGUCGUUAUGCAAAUGACUGUGCAUUCAGGUCUAAACAAAAAGAAACAAUGCGACGGCUCAUGAGAAACAAAUACCAAGCAUUUAGAAUGAGUAAUAAUGUGCGCUGUGCGUUGAAAAUAAGACGAAAGUACAGACAGAUAAACAGACAUAAUCACACGGAUGACAGUCUGAUUAGAGAAGCUAUAGAGAUUUUUCAAUCUCAAAUCAAAAACGGGCCGACAUAUGUCUGCACAGUUUGCCAUAGAGCACUGUUUCCAAAUCAAGUGCGACCCUGUAACAGGUCAAAUUACGUUGAACAGCCACAAGUUGUUGAAAUGUGCCUGACAGGGAGGUUUGUUCAUGUUUGUACUGAUGAAUGUCAAAAUUCACAACAGUGCACAGUACCAGAGGAGAGAAAGAGAGAGUGGAUCUGUUUCACUUGCCAUGAUCACCUUAAGUCUGGUAGUAUGCCAUCCCUGGCCAUGGCUAAUAAUUUAGAUCUUGCCGAUAUCCCAACUGAACUGUGUGAUUUAAACAUAUUGGAGAGACAUCUCAUUGCCAAAUGCAUAACGUUUGCCAAAAUUAUCCCACUUCCUAAAGGUGGACAAAGAGCAAUCCAUGGCAACGUGGUUUGUGUCCCAUCCGAAGUGCAAGAGACAGUUACUGCCUUACCCAGACUGAGAAGUGAUUCACAAGUCUUGAGAGUAAAGCUAAAGAGACGAUUGUCCUAUAAAGGUCAUCAGCUGUUCCAAACUGUAACCUGGUCUAAACUAGUGAGGGCUCUGCUCAAACUAAAACAGGUUCAUCCCCAGUACGCAGACAUAACAAUCAGAGAUGACGCGGAAUUGUGUGAUCCCACAAUUCCCGAUGUGGAUGAAGAAGACAGUGAUGAGGAAGAUAAAAUGGAUGAUGAUGAUGAUUAUAAUGUAGAAUAUUUGAUGGAAAUUGACAUGUUUGAAAAAAAAUGUGCUUGCAAGGCAGA